GUCGCAUUGGUUUCUCCAUCUACCCAACAAAUCAAACCCAGUGAAAAGAUACGACACAUAAUUUACCAUGUACCAUUCAAUCCUGACUUCCUUGACGACUGGUUACGACUCGAAAUAGAAGGGCGCAAUUUCGAGUUGUUCACGAGAACGCCUAAGAUAAUAAACGGCUUGUGCGGAGGUGCUUUAAACAGUACAGACAUGCUUGAUGAACUAAAGAAUUACGACCUGAUCAUUCACUUUGCUGUUAUAAAUUGCGCUUCUUUGGUCGGAGAAUUCCUUGACAUUCCAAGAGUGGAAAUUUUCCCUUAUCCGCCAAAUAUUAUAUUCAACGUUUACCACAUGACCCCUAUGCCUGUGUCCUACGUUCCACAGCUUAGCAAAGCGGAUUUCACUGACAAGAUGACUUUUAUACAACGGGUGUUAAAUUUGGCAGCCUACUUUGUUGGCAAACUAGCCUUGAGUAUUGUAACUGACAGAACAAUGAAUAGUCUUAAGAUCGAGUACAACAUUAAACCUGAAAGAAGUUUCCAAGAAGCUGCUGGUGACGCAGAACUAGUGCUAAUUACUGCAGACUUCGCAUUGGAGUAUCCACUGCCUCUCUUACCAGGUAUUCAAAAAAUGAUUAUGAUUAAUAAGCAAUGAGGAAACUCUAUUUGGCGCUACGCCCCCCGCCCCCCCGUCAAAUUUAAGGCCACAAAAGUAAUAGGAAAGACAUAGCAAGUAAUAAAAAAUUUAACGUCUAAAAAGCGGUCAUGAUUUUAACCAGAUUAUACAGUAACACAGAUUAAUGCAUUUGGUUAUCAUGAACUUGCACGUGCCGCCACUCAAUACUGGUUUUGAUUUUCCAACUAAGGUGACGGAUACAAUAAUUUAGCUGCCUUUAAGGCAGGUGAUUGAAAAAGCUGACGUUGAAGCGCCAUCUUUUUGCUUUUUAUCUAACAGGUCAAGUUAUGGUUGGACCAUUGAGUGUCCAUGAUGCUAAGGCUAUCCCCCGUGAUUUGGACGAAUUUAUUAGUAGUUCAGGGGGGCAAGGUUUUAUCAUCGCUUCCUUUGGAACGAACGUAGCUUCUCCUCUGUCUGAAGCGGAAGUGGACAUGUUAGCUUUAGUGUUUGGGAAACUUAAACAACGAGUUGUGUGGAGACUCAAAGGUACUGUCACUAAUAAAAGGAAAUUAAAUACUUCAUUGUUAAGUCGUCCGCUCUCUAGAGGGAUUGUAAAAGAUCCCAGAUUUUAAAUGGAAGCGUAUGAAAGUAGUAGUCCUGACGAAGAGUUUUCAGUUUCAUCGCUUCAGAAUAUGAACCUGAAUAUGAAUAUGUACCUCGGGAAAGUACUGCUCACUAGCUUUCAGUUAAAUGGUCACACCAUAAGGUUUCAUCCAUAGUUUCAAUGAAAAGCUUCGAUAAGUUAGAACGUCGUUACGUCUUCGCGAUAAUUGACCAUUGGGGUGAAUUAAGGUUUCUGGAUCACCCAAAUAGCCAGGUUUACCAAAAUCCUUAGAUUGUCGGGUUUCAUACUGAUAUCAGAUAAAACUUCAUCAACUCUUUCAGGUUACGUACCUUCAUUUCUCAGUCCAAACAUUAAAGUAGUGGACUGGUUACCUCAGAAUGAUCUUCUUGGUCACAAGGACAUCAAAGCUUUUGUGACUCAUGUAGGACACAACAGCCUUUAUGAGUCUGCAUAUCAUGGGGUUCCUGUGGUAGCAGUUCCAUUGUUCGCAGACCAGUUUGCGAAUGCCAAAAAAGCGGAACACUUUGGUCUUGGUUUGACAGUGAAUCAUAAAAGUACUACCCUGCAACAACUUGUUGAAACAAUCGAGCUGGUCGUAAGAGAACCAAGGUGAUUUCUGGUUUCAUUUUUUUCUACUGUAUAAGCGUUUUUAAGUGCAAAACGGUUCAAUUUUUUUUUCGAAAUCGCGGCUCGCUAGGCCGGGGCUCACAUGCCCAGCGGUAGUUUGAACCGGGUGAGACUAGAAACUAACCGUCUCGCCCAGUCUCCACGUUUUGAGCGACGCACGUUCACCGGAAGCGGACUUUUUGCAAUAUUCCGCGGUGAUUUUGACCAAAUUCUUGGGCAAAUCGUCUCUUUAAGAGUAAAGACACUAAGAAAUACAAAUUUGGUCGCGUCAAGGCGUAUUAAAUGAGAAAAAGUCUCACUUCCGGGUUUACGUGCCUCGCUCAGAAACUUCGCUGCUUACACUCCCUAAUACCAACGCAAAAUUAAGGGUGUUUUGCAGCUAACUGUUGGAGUGUCAAAGUACGUCAAAAUCAAGUGUGGUAACCUCGUCCCUAGGGUCUUUCCCUUAAAAAUCCCUGGAGACGUGGUUGAUUAGCGUGGCUGUAUUUUCCAGAUUCAAGCAAAGUGCCAUGCGCGUCUCCAGUCUGUUAAAAGAUCGUCGACGCUCCCCUCUUCAAGAGACUUGUGAUUGGAUGGAGUAUGUACUCAGACAUGGUGGAGCCCGGCAUCUCAGAGCUCAAGUGUUUAACAUCCCUUGGUAUCAGUACUACCUACUUGACGUCAUAGCUUUUCUUAUUGCCAUGGUGACCUUUGUUGUCAUGGUAAUAAGGUUGAUAUGUAGCUGCCUAUGUCGUUUUUGCUGCCAGAAGGACAGCAACAAAGCGAAGGAGGAAUGAACACAUGAAACGAAAACCAGUUCGGUAGUUGUACUGUCACUCAAAGAAAACUGAGUUCUUCAGUUGUUUUGUUUACUGCAUUCAAGUCUUAGAAUCCUAUUCUCUUUUUAACCGGUGGAAAGCAAAGAAUACAUUGCUUCUCUCUCUUGUUUUUUCUAUGAGUCCUAAUAUCUACAUACAAAUUCUCUAAACCGAUCUCCCUACAUUUCUUCUUUAAAUAAGAAAUUGUGAGAACUUGUAAAAAGAUCAAAACAUAAUCAUUCGAUCUAUUUUCAAAACGUUUUCUCUAGACUACAUAUUGAUGUUGUGAGGAGAAAAUAAACGUUGAUCAAUCCUAGCAAGUAAAGGGUUAUUACCUGUGCUACGAAGCGGAAACAACAUGUCGGGCUUGAAUUCAUUAAGAUCGAUGGAAGUAAAAAGGGUUAGGACUUUUAUAUAGAGAGCUAAAUUAAUCUGAGGAGAAAUACUAUCAUUUUCGGGAGCGGCCCCACUUUGUUUUUUAAAACACCCCCUUAAUUCAGGGUCUUUAUCCAGUGGUGGAUCCAGGGGGAGGGUCCGGGAGGGCUUGAACCCCUCCCCCCCCCCCACCUAUCAGGCCUGACGCUUGAUUGAGACCGAAAUUUUUACAUUAACAGGAUCAUAUAUCACUUUCUUACUAGCUGAUUUUUAUAAUGAAACGCGCCUUGUAUUUUCCCACUAAACUAAAUUCCAGGGAUAUUCAAAAAUGUAAUAUAUUGUUUUUGAGUACCCUCCUAUGAUCUGUUCGCCUCUCCUCGCAAAGCAGUAUUUCCCGCGCUGACGGCAACCGGCGUUCACAAAUUGAGAAACAUGUCGUCUUCUCUGUCAGAAGUAAUUUGCCCCCGCAAAAGUUCAACAGUCCUUUCUAAACCAAAGUUUGGACCACCCCUCCCCCCCAAUCAAAAAUGUCUUCUUUCACUACUUUCACAAUUAACCUAACACACCUUAUUUACCACCCCACCCCCCCUCGCAAAAAAAAAAAAUUGCAUAAGUAUUGUUUUCAAGUUCUCUUGGGAGGAUUGUAAAUCCCAAGAGAAAUUGGAAACAAUGCUUGUGCAAAACUUUUGGGGGGUAACCAAGGUGUAUUAUGGGAAUGUGAAUGCAGCGAAUCCGCCCCUAGGAGUGGUGAUAACGUGCGUGCUUUUUAAUUUAUUUUUCCCACGCAACAAAUGAAGGGUGGGUAAGCAUUGGCCCAGGCUCCCGUUAAUCCUCUGGUUUUGUCGUUUCAAACAAAAGGUAGUAUUACUCGUGAACAGCAUGUUUCGCGCUGGAAGAGCAAAAUUUUAUGCUGACUACUAUUUGAGUUGAUGCUGCGUUUGAAUAGACCGGCUCCUGGUUCAUCAUAUGAGUUCCUGACCAGUAAGCAUGUUAUCGUAAGUAGAUUGAUUGCCCUACCGUCUGGCAUUACGCCAGUUACAGCAUGACAACGUGCACACAGGCACGCAAAAAAGCAUUGUCGAAACCGAGUCACGCAAUGGGGAGAGGAGCAUUGCGUGACGCUGGCAGCUAUAAAGAAGACCUACAACACAUGUUCAGAGACACGGAAAGCUUUUAUGGCAUUAUCGUGGUUGUUUUUGCUGAUGCUGGCAGCCAGCUCUGUUUCAUCGGCACGGAUUGCUGGCUUUCAUAUGAUUGGAGGCUCACAGUAUAUUAAUACAAAGCUUGUACUUGAAGAAUUGGCUUCUAGAGGCCACGAGGUAUUUUAAACAAAUAGCCUUUAAUACUAACAGAUACUUCUACUGCCCCAAAAGAACCGAUCACGGCUACCCUUAAGACUCGUUGAUCUUAUUUAAUAAAUAUUCCAUCCUUGAUAAUUGUUAUAUCUUUAUAGCAUCAUACAGUACUUGACAUUUGCCGAGAACCCUGAAGCGCGAUCAUUCUUAUCGAGGUUAAAUAGAUGACCAAGUUCGCUGAAAAAGCUGUUUGGCGCCUUCACAGGUCAUAUUCCACGGGUCAAAAAACUUGUCACCAUGUAGCCUGCUAACAGGCUAUCCGGGGCCGCCACCAGAGCUCGCUGGAGACCUUGCUAGAAGGCUAGCCACCAUGAUACAAAUGUAAAGACAGGGUAAAAAGUGUCUUCUCGCCUCAGGUGGUAGCCUGAAUUUCAUCCGAUUACUUCGAGUCGAAAACGACUCGAGGCAAUCGGAUGAAUUUCAGGCUACUUGGGUGGGGGAGGUACUCGAAAAAAUUUUGAACAGGUGAGGUUCCGCCUCUAGGUCCUUUCCCUAUCCCUAUAUACCAUUUCAUGCAGAAAAGGUACCCCUUUUGGGUGGAGUUCCUCAUAUAGGCCAUAAAAGGGAGUACCAACCCCCCGGGGGCUUCUGGCCUAUAGAACAAAAAGUGCCACAUGACUACCUCAUAGACAUUAUGAAAUGUUUCAGAUUGGUGCGAAAAUGUUUAAAGUUAGCCUUCUUGCAUCGCCCAUCAAGAGAUCAGAUUUACUGUGAAAUAUUCAAAAAGGGUAUUGUUAUGUACUACCUUCAGUUGAGUUGAAUCUUCUAUAAUUCCGAUGUUAGGUCACAUUGGUCGUUUCAUCUUCCCAAAAAGUUAAACCAAGUGAAGAAGUGCCACAUAAGAUUUACAUGGUUCCAUACAAACCUAACUGGAUUGAAGACUUGAUGAAUAAGUACCUACUACAAGGACACCAGUUUCAAUACAUGUUUAAAUUUAUGGAAACACUGGUUGGUCUGUGCGAGGCUGCCCUUAACAGCUCAGAGGUUCUUGACCAACUGAGAGGUUUGACUUGAUCAUCUAUGACAACUUGGCAUUCUGUGGUCCAUUAAUUGGCGAACAUCUUGGCCUCCAGAAAGUUGAGUUUUUGCCGUUACCACCAAGUGGAGACCUUCUGCACAGGACACCCAGGCCUAUCUCAUAUACUUCAUAUCUCUGGGUUGGGCUAACUGAUAAAAUGUCAUUUUUUGAAAGAUUGGUGAGCCUGGGAGCUUAUAUUGGUGGAGAAGUCAUGGUUUAUCUCGCAAUUACAAGACCAUUCAAUGCUCUUAAGGUGAAGUACAACAUCAAACCUGAUAUAGACUUCAGAGAUUCUGCUUGUGACACUCAACUCCUCAUAAUGACUGCAGAUUUUGCAGUGGAGUAUCCACAACCUUUAUUGCCAGGUACAUGUAGUCAUAGAAUGUGAUUUGAUAUACAUUUUUAGCAAGAUGACAUUUUAUAUAAGGGGGUUAGUCAGCAUUUGUUAUUUUCAUUCAUUAGGUAUUUCUUUAUGUGCAACACUAAGCGAUACCUUUAAUUUAAGGGUGAAAAUAUUGGCAUUCUGUCCAGGACGCCUUAAGUUACAUGAAAAUCUGCAAUUUCUAUCCCUACACAAGGUGACAAGCAUCCCCUUUUUUGUAUGGAAGUGUCAAAAAUUAAAAUUAAAUUAAAAAAUUAAAUUAUAUUAAUUUUAUUUAAGCUUGAUAGCGUGAGGAGUGGUUGCCCAAUCUCCCGAGCCAGGGGCUCAUGUAUUAAACGCUCGAGCAUUCCGGAUCGAAUUGGAAUUUAGAAAUGUUGGUUUUUGCGUCAAACCCCCCUACUCCUCCCCCCUGCCCUUGUCAGCUCACAACAAGUUAUCCGCACAUUAGAAUAAUUUUUACACAUCAUCCACAUUUGCAGACCAAGUCAUGGUUGGACCUCUGACUGUCAAAGAAGCUAAACCUCUCCCCCCUGAUUUAGAGGAAUUUGUGUCAAGUUCAGGGGGGAAUGGUUUCAUCAUUGUUUCCUUUGGAUCAAAUGUUGGUACACUCUCUCAGGCUACAGUAGACACAUUAGCUGAAGCUUUUGGAAAGCUCAAACAGCAAGUUGUUUGGAAACUUCAAGGUAAUUAAUCAUGCCAAACUCGUUACAUCUAAUUAAGGCAUUAACUCCACAAAACGCCAUGGAGUUUCAGAUCUUGGCAUUCUUUUCAUUCACAGGUUACAUCCCUCCCUCUCUCAGUCCAAACAUCAAAAUAGUGAAGUGGUUACCUCAGAUUGAUCUUCUGGGUCACAAGAACAUCAAAGCAUUUGUCUCCCACGCGGGACACAACAGUGUGUACGAGUCUACGUAUCAUGGGGUUCCUUUGUUGGCCUUUCCCUUGUUCUCAGAUCAACCGGCUAACGCAAAGAAAAUUACACACCUUGGGUUGGGUCUAAGGGUGGAUUAUCAAAACUUUACUGCACAAGAAAUGUUUGAGAAGAUUGAGCUUGUCAUUAAAGAGCCAAGGUAUUUGUUCUUCCUUUUUUUCUGUGUACUGAAAUUCAGUGUCCUCAGAACAGAGCUAGGAUAGGAUAGGAUAGCUGCUUUAUUAUCAACAGAGCGCCUACAGACACAUGUGUUUACAACGAUAACAAAGAUGUUAGUGCAAUAAUUACAGAGGGGUACAUUUGUAGAAUUUAUACAACUAGACAAGGUUAUAUUUAACGCGUCUUUCUCUUUCGCGGAAGAGAUCACAUCCAUAUUUAGCCACAAUUUUUUGCGUUUUCUCUUCUUGCUUCAUACUUAUCAACGUUUCAAAAGCAGAGCUUGGAGUCAUAGAGUCAAGAAAAAUUCUUAGUUUUCUUUUUUAGCGUAUUGAACAGCUCUCUCCUAGGAUCCCUAUAAGCUAUGCAAUUCAUCCAAAAAUGCUCCUCCUAGGUCGCUAAAGGGGCACACUGUCGCAGAAGGGUCCGUAUUAUCCAGGGCCCGGUUUCUGAAAGGCCGAUUAGCGCUAUUCCAGGAUUAAAGUUUUGUUUCGUUUUUGUAUUUAUCCUUCCUAUGUUUUGCUUAGAGUAACAUUUUGUGUUAUCAUUACUUUAUCUCUGAGUAGAGGCUCAACAGUCUUUUGUUAGCUCAAGUUGGAUGUUCUUAGACAAGAAAACCUUGUUUAAGAUUUGGCUUAAUCCUGGGUUAAAUUUAACCAUCUUUCGAGGAUCCGGGCCCCCAGAUCUUUACUGGGGACGCGUUGUUCAGCUAUUGGCCAAUUUUUUCCUUGCCCUAUUAACAGUCCCAGAAUCCUUUGCAAAAGUUUACUAGGCCCAGUUUUCUUCUCUUUUCUAAAGUGACGAAUGUUUUUUCGCCAAAAACUGGUGCGGAAUUAUCAAUUGUUGUUUUUGUUUUUCGUUUUAGAUUCAAAGCCAAAGCGAUACAUAUUUCUGGUCUGAUAAAAGACCGCGAACGCACGCCUCUUCAAGAGACUGGCGAUUGGAUAGAGUAUGUACUCAGACAUGGUGGAGCCCGGCAUCUCAGAGCUCAAGUGUUUAACAUCCCUUGGUAUCAGUACUACCUACUUGACGUCAUAGCUUUCCUUGUUGCUAUGAUAACCUUGGCUGUCAUGGUGAUAAGGUUGACAUGCAGCUGCAUAUGUCGUUUGUGCUGUAAGAAGGACAGUGACAAAGCCAAGAAGGAAUGA